AUGAGCGUCCCGGUGCAUCGACUGCAUCAACUUCGUCGUGCCAAAGCGCUCAGAUCUCUUUUCUGCGAUAACACGACGCCAAAAAGUGUCGUCAUCGAUUAUUCUUCGCCCAAUAUCGCCAAGCAGUUCCACAUCGGCAACCUCAGGUCGACGCUAAUCGGAAGAUUCAUCGAUCAGGUAUCUGAGCUCUUCAGUAAUAUAAAAUAUGAUUUGUUGAGGUUCAACGGAUGGUCGGCGCCAAUGUAACUUCAGUAAACUACGUCGGUGACUGGGGGACCCAAUUCGCCAUGAUUGCUGCGUACUGGCCUCAAGUUGGUUUCAGAAAAGAAUCUUUCACUCAAAAUCGUAACUUUCCAGCCUCUACAUUUCAAACGUAUAACUUUCAAUUAAAGCUUCAUAUAGCUGAUUUGCUACGCAGCUUUUUCAGUGUCCUUUUUAUAAAUGAUCAGCUCCGUUGUUUGCUUUCUUUGCUUGCUCUCUUUCUCAGUUAGUUUUUGUUCCAUUUUCAUUCCAUACUUUCAGAUGAAACCAUCAGAUCAAUACUGGAACUCUCUCGGAGACUUGCAAAAAAUCAAAGCCUUGAUGGACUGCUAUGUCGUAGCCAAUCGGAAAUUCAAGAGCGACGAAGAUUUUCGUCUACUAGUGCACGAAGUGUUCGCGAAAAUGGAAAAAUCUCUGAGGUUUACAAUUAAAUUCAAAACGCUUCUAAAAGCCUCUUCGCUCAGUAGUGACGAGAUUUGUGAAGAGAUGAAGUUAUGGGAAGACAUCCGAAAGAUUUCGAAGGCUCAUCUCAACAUCUUCUAUCGAAUGUUUUCUGUUUCUUUCGACAGGUAAUCUAAUCGCGAAAAACUUCAAGAGCCUGUUCAGAUAGGGGUAAUCAUAAAAACAUUAAAAAAUCCCAUAAAAUUAUCGAGACGAAGAGCCAUAUUUGUUAUUCCAUGAAAUGUCUUCAUAAAUCCUAACAGAGUUUUUCGAACAACGACAUUUUUACUUUUGUUUGAAAUGAAUUCGAGAUUAAAGAUUUUAGAGAUCGGUGUCGCGUAUUAGAAAAAAAUAAUAUUUUUUUGUAAUUGUAAAAACUUCGAGUUACUCAUCAAUUUCUCCAAUUGUUUUUUAUUCAUAUAACUUUUUUAAAGCUUUUUUUUUCGUUUUAAAACCCAUUAUUAUCUUCUUCAUACUGAUACUCAUAAUCUAGAGAAAUAAAAAAAUCUGAAUUUUCGAUGGCUCCAUGAAUCUGACGAAGUGCGACGAGCGCAUGUUCUCGUAGAGGAAUUAUUGAAAAAUAAGGUUUUUUCUAUUUAGUUUCAUCGUUCUGAAAAAUAAAAAGCCACAGAUUGCUUACGAAGACAAUCAAAGACGCUGUCGGAUCGACCUUGGUGACAAAAAUUAUUUUGUUAUCCGGAAAAGUAAUGCUACUUCCUUGUAUUUGACCAGGUGACUUUUCUUAAUGAAGAAAGAAGAAGAACAACAGGAUUUUCUCUCUCAGGGAAGUUGCGUCUAUUUUUCAUCGCGACAAGAUUUUCAAAGCCGAUAGAUAUUUAUAUGUUGUGGAUCGAUCCCAGCAGCAGCACUUUGACUCGCUGAAGGUGAAUUUAGAAGAUUUUCUUGCAAAAUGUGUCGGUUCUGUUUCGAGUUUUCAAGAGUUUCUGUGAUAAUUCGAAAGCUGUGAACCUCCAAGGUUCAUAAGAAAUUAAUUGGUAGCCGAACCUAGAAAUUGAAUCAAGUUGGAGAGAGUUUGAGGAUGGAAAAAAACCAUUAGAGUAUUUUUAAAAAGAUUAGAGAAGUUGAGCAUUUCUUGAUUUUCCAGGAAGUUAUCACAAGAUUAGGGAAGUCUGAUUUGGCGGCGAAGAUUGAACACAUCGCUUAUGGUCGGGUGCAUGGGCUCUCGACACGACAAGGAAAGACGGAAGCUGUGGGAGAAAUCGUGGAACGUGGCGCCGAGCUCGCCAAAGAGUUCAUGAAGUCGUCGAGGACGUUCAGCGUUCCUGAAGGUGAAGAAGAUCAAGUGAGUGCACUCUUAUGACUUCAUUCUCUCUGAAUCCUGCUUGAGGUGGCUAAUGAACUGUCGCUGUCCGCCAUUGUGUACAAUGAGCUGAAGAGAGCCCGCAAAUCUGAGUACGAGUUCUCUUUUCGAAAUUCUUUCUCCCUCAAUCAGAACAACGCCCUUUUUCUUCAGGUUGUGUGUUCCCGAAAUCAUUUUGAGAUUUAUGUCAAGCUCAAUUUUCAGAUUAAACACAGUCGUCUUUGCUCUAUUGAAAAGCAGAAUAAAGAAAUUUUGCCGCAUUUGGAGUCGUGCCAGAGUUUCCCCACGUCUGAUUGCGACGAAAACGUGGAAAAGCUCGUCGAUUUGAUCUCAACAAUUGACAAGGUAGCUCUUGGAUAGUUCCUUUAAAAGUUGGAGCUCUAGGCAAUCUUGGACGCAGCAGAGAAGCUGGAGCCAUGUCAACUGACGAUGCAUUUGACGCAACUUGCUCGGGCGGCUGGAACCGUUGCAGCCAAACUGAAGGUCAAAGACCAGCCGAACGAGGUACAGAAGAAGGUCUCGACCUCCCGGAACAACCGCUUCAGGUGGCAGUGCCUCGGCUGCUGUUGCUGUCGGCUUCGCGAAACGUUCUCACCGAGGGAAUAACGCUUUUGGGCAUGAAGCCGCUGCGGAACAUGUGA